AUGGAUCCAUCAAAGCCCCAGUUCAACCCAUUUUUCAAUUUUUCCCAACAUUCAUCCCAUAAUCCAAAUGAUGAUGCACAAAACAUAAAUCCUCCUACUCCAAUGUAUCCUAAUCCUAACUUUCCUAUGAUGAACCCUAACAAUUUUCAAAUGCCGAUGUACCAAAAUCCUAACUAUCCACUAAAUUUUCAAAUGCCAUUUUAUCCAAAUCCUACUACUCCUCCUUCUCAAUUUCCAGAAUUUUCUUCACAACCAAAUCUCGUGCCGGAGCAAGCAAGCGGUUCUAAAAAUGAAAAAACCCGAUGGACAACCAUAGAUGACAUAUUGUUGUGUAGUGCUUGGCUCAACAUAGGCAAAGAUGCAACAGUUGGUACUGGUCAAAGUAGGCUGAAUUUUUGGCAGCRUAUACUUGAAUAUUACGAUGUGAAUCGUGACACGAUUUCUCAAACUAGUAGGAAUCGUCAAGCACUUCAAAAUCGUUGGAGUCGAAUAAAUCAUGCCGUUUCAAAGUUUGUUGGUUAUUAUGAACAGAUCCUACACCGACGUGAAAGUGGGCUGAAUGAAGAAGACAAAAAAAUCAGGGCUUUAGAGUUAUAUAGCUCGUUAGAAGGUAGAAAAUUCAACUUCUUGCAUGCUUGGGUUGAAUUGCGUGAUCAAAAAAAAUGGAUCAGUCAACGAGAAAGACCUCUGGAGGUUGUUGAUCUAGUAGAAGAUAGGGGGUCAAAGAGGACAAAAAAUGAUGGCUCGGGCUAA